CAAAAGAUUCAUCUUCAGGUCUUCUUCUUCGAUGAAUCCUGGAAUGCGAAUCAAUUGUUAAGUUGAACUCUUCCUUAUUCCCCAUCAAUCAAAGAAAAAAAAAACAGGGUAUUGUGAGAGGUGACAAAAUGAAUAACUUUCCCAAGGUAUUUUGUGGGUGGAGCUGGGAGGAGAACAAGUUGUUUGAGCUGGCUCUAGCGGUGGUCGACGAGCAACACCCGCAUCGUUGGGAAGCGGUUGCAGCCAUGGUAGGAGGGCAAAAAAGUGCAGAAGAUGUGCAAAAACAUUAUGUCAUUCUUUUGGAGGAUUUGCAGUUUAUAGAGUCGGGCAAACUUGACCAUAGUCUCGGCGAAGAAGAUCGAUCCGUAUGCUGGACCAAUGAAGAUAACAAACUACCGGUACGAUUGGACAUAAAUUGAUCACCGGGGCAGUGUUCGUUUAUGGUAGCAGAUUGUUAUUGGUGG